UGGGCACAAGCGUCACCCGUUGCCAUGGAGACUUCGUUGUUUACCUUCCUCUUCUGCGAGAGCCGGGAACUGCAGUUGGGAUUAGGAAGCUCUUAUUCGGAGCCGGUGUAGUUGUUCUUCGUGGCGGCGCUGCGGGAUUUUACUUAAUCUAAAAGAAGUCUGCCUUUGGUCAAAUGGCCAAACUACUCCAAGCUCCACCGAAGUUCCUGCCCUCCGAGUGGCACCUUGCUAACAAGAGCCAGUACCACAAAGCAGAGGCUGAAAGGUCCCGGUCCGAACGCCUGGUGGCAGAAAGCCAGAGGCUUGUGGAUGAAAUCGACAAGUCCACGAGAAAAUCUCAAAGCGAUGUGAACAAGAAGCUAGAACAGAGACUUGAGGAAGUCAAAUUCUGGAAGAAGGAGUUAGAUGACAAACUUGAGCAGCUUGUAUAUGCGACCGAAGAUCUACUCGCCUAUCAGACCAGAUUGCGGAAAGCCCUGGAGAGCCUGAAAGAGCCCUUGCACAUCACGCAGAGGUGCCUGGAGUACAGGGAGCAGCGAGUGGGCAUCGACCUGGUGCAUGAUGAAGUCGAGGAGGAGCUACUGAAGGAGUACGAGAUGAUCCAGGGGGUGAUAGCCCUGCUGACCCGCACCCUGGAGGAGACCACCGAGCAGAUCAGGGCCUCCCGAGAAACUGUAGGUGCCAUCUGGGCCUUCCAGAAGGAGAAACCUUUCCCUUCUCCCUUCAGGCUGAACCGCUCUGCAAAGUACUAUCUCGAAAAGGAUUUGAAAGACAAGUUUGUGGCCCUGACCAUUGAUGAUAUCUGCUUCUCACUCAACAACAACUCGCCAAACAUCAGAUAUUCUGAGAAUGUCGUGAGGGUUGAACCAAACUCUGUGAGCCUGGAAGACUGGCUGGACUUCUCCAACACCAACGUGGAGAAGGCUGACAAGCAGCGGAACAACUCCCUGAUGCUGAAGUCCCUGGUGGACCGAGUCCUGUCCCAGACGGCCAGCGACCUGCGCAAGCAAUGCGACGUGGUGGACACGGCAUUGAAGAACGGGCUGAAGGACACCAAGGAUGCCAGGGACAAGCUGGCUGUUCAUUUGGCCAAGGUCAUGGAAGAGAUUGCUUCCCAGGAGAAAAACAUUGAAUUUCUUGAAAAAGCCAUCCUGGACCAAGAAGGGCCUGCCAAGGUGGCUCAUACACGCCUGGGGACCAGGACGUGCCGGCCUAAUGUGGAGCUGUGUCGCGAUAUGGCCCAGUACAGGCUGAUCAGGGAGGUUCAUGAGAUCACCCACAACAUUGCAAGAUUAAAGGAAACAUUAGCCCAAGCUCAGAUGGAGCUGAAAGGGCUGAACCGCCGACAGCUGGCCCUGCAGGAGCAGAUCCAGAUCAAAGAGAACACCAUCUACAUCGAUGAGGUGCUGUGUGUGCCCAUGAGAAAGUCCAUCCCGCUGCGGGAUGGGGACGACCACGGGCAGUGGGCUGGGGGCCUCUGCCCGGACGCUGUCUGCUAAAAGUAGGGACCGCUCAGAUGCUCAUUAAACCUUAUCACAGCACCGCGGUGCCGCACUGUCA